GGAGGAGUGGGCUCUACUGAAUCCUACACAGAAGAAACUCUACAGAGAUGUGAUGCAGGAAACCUUUAGGAACCUGGCCUCAGUAGGACUCAUUGGCUAUUGAGGAUGUGGUUGUGAACUUCACCCUGGAGGAGUGGGCUUUGCUGGAUCCUUCACAGAAGAAACUCUACAGAGAUGUGAUGCAGGAAAUCUUCUGGAACCUGGCCUCAGUAGGAAAAACAUGGGAAGAUCAUGACAUUGGAGAUCAGUACAAAAACCAGGGGGGAAACCUAAGAAGUCCUAUGGUAGAGAGACUCUCUGAAUGUAAAGACAGUAGUUCCUGUGGAGAACACGUCAGCCUUAUUCCAUCUCUCAAUCUGAAGAAGAAAACUACUGGAUUAAAACCAUGUGAAUGCAGUGCAUGUGGAAAAGUCUUCAUGGAUCGUUCAUCCCUUACUAGACACAUGAAAUAUCAUAUUGAACAUGAACCAGGAAAGUGUCAAAAAUAUGAUGGACCUUAUAAAUGUAAAGAAUGUGAGAAGGUAUUCAUUAAUCCCAGUUCUCUUAAAAUACAUGAAAGGAGUCACACUGGAGAGAAACCCUAUCAAUGUAAACAAUGUGGCAAAGCCUUCAGUUAUUACUGUUCCUUACGAGUACAUGGAAGAACUCACACUGGAGAGAAACCCUAUGAAUGUAAACAGUGUGGAAAAGCCUUUAGUUGUCAUGAAAGCAUUCAAACACAUGAAAGAAUUCACACAGGAGAGAAACCCUAUCAAUGUAAACACUGUGAGAAAGCCUACAGAUACCACAGUUCUCUUCGAACCCAUGAAAGGAGUCACACUGGAGAGAAACCUUACCAGUGUAAACAGUGUGGAAAAGCCUUUCGAUGUAAACAAACCUUUCGAGCACAUGAAAGGAGUCACAGAGGAGAGAAACCCUAUGAAUGUAAGCAGUGUGGUAAAGGCUUCAGUUAUUUCAGUUCCUUCCGAAUGCACAAAUGGCAUCACACUGGAGAGAAACCAUAUGUGUGUAAAACAUGUUCUAAAGCAUUGAGUAGUGCCACAUCUCUUCGAAAUCAUGAAAGAACCCACACUGGUGAAAAGCCCUAUGAGUGUAAGGAAUGUGGGAAAGCCUUCACCUGGCACAAAACCUUCCAAUAUCACAUGAUAACACAUACUAGAGAUGGACCUUAUAAAUGUGAAGAAUGUGAGAAAGUAUUCCUUAAUCCUAGUUCUCUAAAAAUACAUGAAAAGAGUCACACUGGGGAGAAACCCUAUCAAUGUAAACAAUGUGGUAAAAGUUUUAGUUCUCAAAAAGGUUUCCAAAUGCAUGAAAGAACCCAUACUGGAGAAAAACCCUAUGAGUGUAAAAUAUGUGGGAAAACCUAUACAUGGUACAAAACCUUCCAAUAUCACAUGAUAACACACACUAGAGAUGGACCUUAUAAAUGUAAAGAAUGUGAGAAAGUGUUCAUUAAUCCCAGUUCUCUUAAAAUCCAUGAAUGGAGUCACACUGGAGAGAAACCCUAUCAAUGUAAACAAUGUGGUUUAAGUUUUAGUUGUUCCACCUAUGUUCAAGUGCAUGAAAGAACUCACACUGGAGAGAAACCCUAUCAAUGUCAGGAAUGUGGGAAAGCCUACAUUUCUCUGUCAAGCAUUCGACGGCAUAUGAGACUGCACACUGGAGAGAAACCAUAUAAAUGUGAAGAAUGUGGGAAAGCCUUUUUUUAUCACAGUAAUUUAUGA